AUGAUGAGACAAAUAAUUUCAAAAAACAAGGGGAGGAAGAGGAUAUGCAUCGAAAACUUUUACUUUUGUAUGAUUUUCUUGAAAGCACUAGGACACUAUCGACGAAAAUAUUAUAGAAAGGUCUUGCCCAACUGCUCGCGCGAAGCACAUUUAAGAAUAGUGAAAACACCCGAGGACUGUCCUCGUAUUUUUAUGGGAUCUAUCGUAUUUGGAAGAGAUCAAGAUCGGGUCCCCCAAUUUAGUUGCUCGUGGUGGAUAAUUUUUUUAUGUCAAAUGAAUCAACCAUACAGUGCGACCGCACCGCGUUUUUAUGAUGUUGUGUCAUCGGAUCCGGAAAGAAUGAUGGGUAGCAUUAUUCGCACGAGAAGUAUUCGAUAGUACUUUGAAGAGUCAUGGAACAAGAAGGGGUUUUUCGCUUCAUGAUACGUAUAGCAUCAUUUAGUUUUUAAAUUGCAGGCCGCACAUAGGAGCGAGUAGCUUUCAUAUUAGAGAAGAAUAUAGUAGAGUAAACGCCAGAAAUUCAGGGCAGAGCCAUGUCUCGGAACCACAUAUCUCGAAGAAGAAAAAAUUAUGACGGAGGCAUUGUUGAAGAAGAAUUAGUAUGAGUAGGAAUAGUUAUGUUGGUUGUGGUUGACCUUUUCUGACUCAGAUCCCCUGAUGCUUGCUCCUUGAUCUCCGCAGCAGAAUAUGUAUGCAUUUAGCUAAUGAUAAUUCUGAGCGAGUGCUAAUGUUGCAACGACCGGCUCCACUUGUAUUAGGUCAUGGUCUCUUUUCCCGGCUACCACGUUGUGACUUCUUAGCACACGCCUUCUUGAUAAUCAGGGAUCGAUUUUCUUGAUUGCUUGAUUGAAUUGAGUUGUAGUAGAUCAUAUUGGAGGUACUAGAACUAGUUUUCGGGACUAUUAUCUGUCAUUUAGAAGCGGGCAAAAAAUCAUGACAGCUUUAUCUUAUUGGUAGAAGUGGCAGGUGCAUAGACAUCAAGUGGAAGUGGAAACUUCCGACACCGCCACUCUUUGUUGUAUCUAUCUAUUAUUUGUCGGUCAGACACAGAUGCCGAGCAUCUAUGUUUGCAGGGAAGAUGACUCCUUCUGUUCAGCUUUUUCCUCUUGAUUCCUCUCUUUUGUAUUCAAAAUUGAUUCAAAAUACCACUAGUAGUUGUUCCAUGACUAGACGAUGCUUGAUGACCUCCUCAACGACUAGAAUUAUAGUUUGAUCGUAGUAAGUGCGACGUUCAGUGGUUAAAUAUGAUGGAGGUCGUUGUCUCCGUCACGUAUGAGGGUGGAAAAGCAUGAUUUUAUACUUCUAGGAAAAAUUUCUAGUGGACGAUGAGCAGCGAGCAUUUAUUCCUCGAGUUGUCCUCUUAGGUGAGAGGACGUAAGACUGACGAAUGGAAAAUGUUGCUCCCCCAGUGUACCGUAGUUGCGCCCCCACUACGAAAGUCACAUGCGUUGCCAUGACGCUCCUUUACAAUCUCGUUUUCGUAGUUGUCUUUCAUGAUAACUGCGCGUCUCUGAACACACUUGGAUGAUGACUCAACAUUGAUGAAAGACGUGUUGUGCUCAUCAGCCUCUCUUCUUUCUAUGUAUUAGUACUACUGGGUACUAGUAGGUCUAGGUGGAGGACCUCCGUAGUAGACGAUGCAGGAGCAACAUCGCUGUAAUAUUUCUUCAUGAAAUGGCUUGGUCGUAAAAAUGUUGUGUCAAAAGGCUUCUUUCCUCCUAUAAAGAACUGACGAAACGAGAUGCAUCAUGAAGAACAGCGAUGUGAAGUGUGCAAGUUGAUGUGCCAUCUAAGAUGAAGAUGAACAUGAACAUGAAGACAGAAGCAUAACUGGAUCUUAUCAACACAAAUGAAUCACCCAUGAACCCGCGUAAAUCGCGCUGCGGGAUGCACCAGGAAACAAAAUGAAAUGAAAUAGAGAAGCGGCCUGCAGCUGCAACAUGUGAAGUAGAUGUGGCGU